GGGUUUCUUAAAAAAUAAAUUGUUACAUUUUAACGACCAAUUUUCCUCCAAUUAAUAUUUACGAGUGUUAAAAAUGUCGACACAUUUGUCACUAGCCUAGUCACUAGCGAGGAAAAUGCUGAUUAAAAUAGUUUUCACCUUUUUAGUAACAAUUCACGGAUCUUUGGGUAGUGGAGAUGGUUUAUCAUCAUUUCAACUACUUGCGCGACUAUCAUUCCCUACAGUUGAAACUAAACCAUACAACAUGCCGAGUACGAAGGAGAUAGAUCCCAAACGGAGUUAUGCAGACGAAAAGUUCGAGAAACUUAUGGAAUACACAAGUUACAUGAACGCAAGAAUAAAAGAACCGCAUAACCCGACAGAACGAAGCGAAAUCUUGGAGACGUCGCAAAAGAAGCUGUUCGCAUUCAUAGACACUCACAUAAAAGAUUUAAAACGGUUGCUCUUCGAAACCGACAUGGCACUUAUGUCGAUGGUGCUAUUGAAAUUAAAUAAGAAAAUGGAUACUUCCGAGGCGAAAAUAAAAUCGACGCAGGCGAAGAUACCUUUCGGAUUAUACACGAGCCCAGAGUUCAAAUGUCUGGGAACGUCGUACUACAUCGCGUCGCCGCACAACCAAGAAGACGUCCAGAUGAUUCUGUCUAGUGAGAGGAAACCGCAUUGUUACACGUUUAGAGGAGCGUUCGCUUUUAGCGGGUUUUACCACAGACACUCUGAGACCACCUACGUGGGCCCUCACGCAGAACAAUUUCAGGCCAAAGACCCAAGUCAAGGUCUAUAUUGCCAUUCAGACGAUAACUGGAGCGACGCACAAUGCAUUUAUAAAAUAAAUCCAAGAGAAGAGUUUCCAGAAUCGGUGGAAUACGAGCCAAAAGUUUCGUACUGGUGCGGUCCGUACCGGUAUUUCAUACCGGCGACAACCGAUAUACGAUGCAUAUUCUCGAUUUUCUCAAUGAACUUCAUUCUACGGUUCGGAUACGACGGGGUCACUUACAAAAGUUCGGAUUUGUCUUUCAUGUACCAGAACGGGCAGGUGUUCUACACGGACGAGCCUUGGGCGGGCAUGUCUUGCUGGAAUUGGGCGUGCAAAUGGCGACACAAUCAGAACCAACGAUCCAACGAGUUUUUUGUCAACUAAUUAAUAUUAUUAAAUAAACAAACUAAUAUUGUUCCCUUUAGUUUGGUAUUAAAUAUAUUUUAUAUCA